AAAGGAAAUAAAUUUUUAAAAACUAGAGUAAAUAAUCAGCGAUGAGUUCAGCUUCUUCAGUAUUUGUUGCCCCUUUUAAGUUCUCCAGACUCCGAUCUACUCCUUCCUUUAGUCCGUCGUCUCCGCCGCCGUGUUUCCGUGUGGCGUGCCGUAGCGGAUCUCCUCAACCGCCGCCGUCCACCGAUCUCAGAUUCACCUUGCAUGAUGCUCUCGAAUCUUCUGGAAUCGAUACGUCUCACGCCAGAGAGGCGAGGAAGAAUUUUGUUUCACAAAUUCAGAAAUUAUCUGUUAUCGAGAGAGAAACAAGUAUAUGCAUAAAUAGAUGUGUUGAUCUAGGGAGAACAGCUCUUUACAUAGCAGCAGAGGAUGUCUCUCUCGUUUCGCACUCUUCCGAUCCUCUUCCGGUGGAUGCUUUCCUCGAAAGAUUGGAUGAUCUCUCCAUGGGCUACUGCUCUCAUUAUAACUCAUCAUGUAGGUCGUCUCGGGAGAAUUUUUUGGAGAGCAUAGAAAAUAUCUUUAUGUCAAAAAGGGAUUCUGGAGGUCUAUGGUGAAGAAUCAAGCAGAGGCACGGGCCCUUUAUCUUCACUCAGUUUUGGCACAUCGUUCAGGUUCUGCUGUAAUGCUUUCGCUGAUACAUUCAGAGAUCCUGAAAAUGCUUCGGUUGUGGGGCCUUCUGGAUUUUGAUGUUGAGAUUUUUUUUCCACAUGAUCUUCAAGGUCUUCCUAGAGCCUAUGAUAAGCAAAAGAGCAAAGAGUCUGAUCAGCCACACAUAAUGACUGUACAAAUGCUAUUGGGGGAGAUUUUAAGAAAUAUGAAGGAUGCUUUCUGGCCAUUUCAACAUGAUGAUGGUGAUAGUUUAUUUUUAAGGGCAGCAGACGCAGCUAACUGUGUAGAUAAAUUUAAUAGCUUUGAGGAGAGUGGAUAUUGGUUUGCAUCUGCAAAGGCUUCUCAAGAUAGGGUAGAUCAGGGUGUUUGGACCGGUCUUCGUUUUGGGGAUAUGAGGUGUGCUUUAUCUGCAUGCGAACGUCUAAUUCUUCUAGGAACAGAGCCUAAGGAAAUCAGAGAUUACAGCAUUCUUCUCUACCAUUGUGGACUGUAUGAACAGGCUCUGAAAUAUCUCAGAUUGUAUAAGGACGCAAAGAGUUCUUCCCCACGAAAUCCGUUAACAGGUUCAGUUAGCAACCGAGAAGAAGACGCCGUGGAGAAAUUGAUCGUACGUCUCAAUCUCAUUGCAGCGGAGGAAGGUUGGACCCGUUCAUCAUCGUAUGUCAGAAAUUUUCCUGGCAAUAACUCUGAGCCACGGUAAGGCUUUCAUACAUUUUCCUGUGGCAUUAAAUUUCAACUACUACUUGUUUGAGGAGGGUAGUCAAAUUAAGAUGUUAGUCCACAGAAAAUAAGUCCGAAUGUCCGUAAACAGUGCGGUUUAGGGAUCAUAAAACAAGCCUGCACAGAGCAUAAGAUCAAUUGAUCCGACAUUAGGGUUCGACAUAGGCAUUGGCAGUAUAUGGUUAAUAUACUUGAUGAGCUUUUAGGCUGCCUUAGUACAUUAUCUUUAUCCUUAUACAGCACCAGAAGAUUUUGUUUUGGUUUUCCUUUGUAAAUGAUUGUCACUUGAACCUGUUGUGUAUUUAACAGAAUAUGAAAAUAGAAAAUAUGAAUACCCUAAAUGAGUGCCAUGCAGGGGUCUAAAUGUAACAUUUGUGUUUGCAAGUUAU